AUGGGACGGAGACGCCGUGUGGCUGCCGCCUCCCGUGCCCGAUCGAGGCGACGACCACGACGAUCGCAACGCGGGGGCAAGUUAUUUGAUGUGCAAAACCUCCUCAACAAGACGGGCAUUGAAUUUCAUUGGCCUGGCUAUCAGUACAUGGGCCCUGGCACCCAUUUGAAAAAACGUUUGGCCCGUGGGGAUCCCGGCAUCAACCGGUUAGACAGGAUUGCGAAAGUGCAUGACAUGGACUAUGAUAAAGCCAAGACGUUGAAAGAUAAAUGGGUGGCGGAUCGCAAGAUGAUUGCCAAGAUUGAUCAACUCCCUGGUCGCAAAACCCUGACAGAACGCAUUGUCAGACGCAUUAUGAAAACCAAACUUCGAUUGGGCAUGUGA